AUGUUCUCCCGCGCCUCCUCUCUCACAAAGCUGAGCCGGGGCUGUCGCUAUAUCCUCCGCCCUAGUCCUGCCUUCAUCUCGCAGGCUCCGUUCUCCCUUACCGCGCGCUCGUUCUCUGCUGUCGGUGCAGCCAUGGCAGACACUUCCGGUGUUACUGCGGAAUUGCUCCAGAAGAAGCUGGAGGAUGAGCUGGAGGCUAAGACUGUGAAGAUUGAGGAUCUUUCUGGUGGCUGUGGACAGGCAUUCCAGGCUGUUAUCGUUUCCGACAAGUUCGCUGGCAAGACCCUGCUUGCCCGGCACCGCCUCGUCAAUGCCGUCCUGAAAGAGGAGAUUCCCAAGAUUCACGCUUGGACCCCGAAGUGCUACACCACUGAGCAAUACGAGGCCCUUGGGGAGUAG